CUAGUUGAGCAACUGAUUCGUGACCUAAACAAAUGGGAAGACCGUGGCUGGCUUGACGUACCAAAUGGGAGACCAAUGAAAGCCCUGGUCAAUAUCCUGCGCACGAGAUGCGCAGCCACGAUAAUAAAGAAGGCGUCCACGAGAGACGAACAGGAUAUGGUAAAAAAGGCGAUAGAGGCAGCCCAAAGAGAUAGAACAAACGAAGUAGAACCAGCGACGGAAGCUCUAGAGAUCGACCACGUAUUCAACCUCUCAGGCGCGCGCCUAGACCGAAUGACGCAGAAGCUAGCAUAUAGAGGAAUACUACUGAGGAAAGCCACGCCAGAACGGAGAAGAACAGCGCUCGCGCUGAGCAGAGUAACUGAGUGGAUGAAAGCCACCCAGGGACUCCUGGUGGACAAGGAAGACGUGUGGCGAAGCAUAAGGACCAAAGACGUGAAACGGAACAUAAGUGAUUUCCUCUGGAAGAGCCUACAUAGUGCUCAGAAAUGCGGAGAGUACUGGGUCGGCAUCCCAGGGUAUGAGCAGCGCGGCACAUGCGAAUGCUGCGACGAAAUAGACUCACUGAGCCACAUACUUACGGAAUGCGCAGCGCCAGGACAACAAACAGUGUGGCUCCUAGCCGAGGCUCUCUGGAAGAAAAAAGGUCUCCCAUGGCCCGCCAUGACACUCACCACAAUCCAGAGUGCGAACCUCAUGCAAUGGACAACGAGCAACGGAAAGCGGCGCAAGAACGCCGAAAGACUGUGGAGAAUACUGGUAUCCGAAUCAGCCUUCCUGAUAUGGAAACUGCGAUGCGAACGCGUUAUCGGACAUGAGAGCGAAGAAGACUGGAACCACUCGCACCGGGCAAUAGUAAAUAGGUGGAAACGGACCAUAGAAGACAGACUGCACCUAGACAUGACAAUGUCACAUAAGCGUUUCGGACGGAAGUCACUGAAGGUCGACAGUGUCCUAGGAACGUGGAAUGGGGUCUUGUUCGACGAACUGGCCCUGCCUGAAGAUUGG